CAGCUGAAAGAAAUGAUGGGGCCAAAGCGGAUUAUGAGAAAGAAGAGAGAUGCAAAGAACUCAAGCGACUGCGUGGUGAGGACACAUGGAUGCUGGACGAUGUGAAUAAACGGGUGGAGGAACUGGAAAAGGAACAUUCUGUGAAGAAAAAAAAAAAAAAGGAUAAACAUUCAAGAAAACCUAAAAAAGAGAAGAAGAAAAGCAAAAAGCAAAAAAUUGAAAAAAAAGAUGAGUCAUCUGAUAGUUCUUCAGGUUCUACAUUUGAUUGGGUUGAGUCGAAUGCAUCACAGUCAUCCAGUACAGAAAAGACCUGGAAAAUAAGUACAGAGCAGUUGGAUACUUCAGAAAAUCCUGCCUUACGGAGAGAUGAGUGGAUGACCUUUGAUUUUAUGGCUAUGAAAACCACAUCGGUAGCAGCACUCAAAGCUGAAAAACAGAAAGAAAAAAUACUGGAGCAAGAGAAAGCUCGGGAAAUUGAACAGUCCCAACUUUCUGAAAGAGAGCUGAACCCCUACUGGAAAGAUGGUGGUACAGGCUUGCCACCAGAAGAGGGAGAAGCAGCUUCAGUAAGAAAAGUUACUGCAGUAGAAGAUGGUGGCUUAAGUUGGCUACAAAAAUCAUACCAAAGGAUGAAAGAGCAGGCUGAAAGAGAGAAUCGCAAUUUUGAGGAAAUUAUUACUGAACGAUAUGGUUCAGUGGAGAUAUUUCAGUCAAGAAUGGAAAAAGCUGAAAAAGUCACAUCAAAAAAGGAAAAUGAUAGAAGAGGAAGAUGGGGGAAAUAUGAUUAUUCAGAGAAUGAGCAGAAAAAAAGAGGACGCCAACUCAUAAGAGAAGGACAUGAUGAAGGUGACAUGGAUACGUGUAAGGGAUACACAAGAGAGAAAUAUAAAGUAUACUCACAUGAAGACAGAAGUUACAGAAAGGACAGGUCAAGAGAAGAACAAGAAUCUAGACAUAGUAGCACAGACUCUGAGUUAAGAGACCAUGUUUCCAAAGCAGUGAAACGUUGUGACCAAAAACAAAAUCAAGAGAAGAGUUCUGCUCUAAACGAUUUGAAAUGUAGAUUUUUGAAGCCUUCUGAGGAAAACUGGUCAUCUUGUAGUAGGGAUAAAGACUACGGUCUGCAGAAGUCCUCUUUCAGACUACCAACUCAUAGCUCUUUAAGUUGCAGUUUUCAAAAGCCUGGUGAAGACACUGAAAUAAAACCACUUUGGAGGAGAACACAUGAAGGUGCUGAGAGAUCGGUGUUAGAUCAAAAGCCAGUUAAAAUGGAAAAAGUUGCUGCUAAUUGGGAAGAAGCACCAAAAGGUGAAAGAGAAAAGUCAUUGGAAGAAAACCUAAGAAAAAUCCUAGAGAAGAAAGAGCCACUAUCAGAGAACAAAGCAUCGUGUUCUGGACAUAUGCCAAAGGAUGAGACUCCCCAAGUCCUUAGUGAGGAGGAGAUGAACAGGCUGGGAGCCAGAAUUUUGAAAGCAGAACUGAUGGGAAACAUGGAUUUAGCUUCCAAACUCCAAGCCCAGCUUGAAAAUGCACGUAAACUAAAAGAAAGUAGAACACAGACUCCAUCAAAAUCUGACAAGGAGGCUGCAGGCUUGCAAGAAGAUCAUGAAGUGGUCCUUGUCAGGACAGAUCAAUCUGGAAGGUCAUGGCCCGUGAAUGCAGUGGCAGAACCAGUGGAGCCAAAAGGAGGAAGGAGAAAAAGACAGAUGGUCGCUACUCAUGUAGAUAAAGAACGAGUUAAGUACUUUCAGGAUGAUGAUAAUCUGAGCCUGAAGGACUUGGUCAAAAAUGAAAAGACAAGAACAGCAGAGGAUCAAAACCUGUUAUUCAUGCGAAUGGCUUCAAAGCUUAGUGAAAAAACUGAUAGAGAGUACUACACUCUGGAUGACAUGUUUGUUUCCAAAGCAGCUAAGGGAGAGCGUAGUGGGGAAGAGGAGGCAAGACAAAGAAGAAAAGCAAUCUAUGAACAUCAGCAGCUUGCUGCAUGUAUGGAGAAGUGCCCAUAUUGCUUUGACAGCACAGAACUUCCUAAGCAUCUUAUUGUUGCAAUUGGUAGCAAGGUAUACUUAUCUCUGCCGAGUUGUCAGUCACUUACUGAAGGUCACUGCCUGAUAGCCCCUUUUCAACACCACAGUGCAGCCACUCUUCUAGAUGAGGACAUCUGGGAAGAAAUUCAGGUGUUCAGAAAGGCAUUGGUAAAGAUGUUUGAAGCUAAAGAACUGGAUUGUGUCUUCCUAGAGACAAAUAUUAGCAUAAAGAAACGCUACCACAUGGUGUAUGAAUGCAUUCCUCUUCCAAAAGAAGUGGGGGAUUUGGCUCCUAUCUACUUUAAGAAAGCUAUAAUGGAAUCAGAUGAAGAGUGGUCCAUGAACAAAAAACUGAUUGAUAUUUCUUCAAAAGACAUCCGGAAGUCUGUUCCUAAGGGUUUACCGUAUUUUUCUGUGGACUUUGGUCUUCAAGGAGGUUUUGCUCAUGUCAUCGAAGAUCGACACAAGUUCCCUCAUUAUUUUGGAAAGGAAAUCAUUGGUGGCAUGUUGGACUUGGAACCAAGGCUUUGGAGAAAAGGAAUUCGACAGAACUUUGAUGAUCAGAGGAAGAAAGUGUUGCAGUUUGCCCAGUGGUGGAAACCAUAUGACAUCACUAAAACUAAGGAAUGAAUAUAUGGUCUCUAUACCUGGAUAAAUCUAAAGGGAAAAUGAGAGCAAGAGUCAUCAAGGACUGUUCAAACUGCAAAUUACUAUUUAAAGGAUGUUGCAUAUUUCAAGUAAAAUAUUGAAUUGAAUAUUUUGCUUGUAAAAAUUAUGGAAGUCGGGGUUACUGUUUAGCUGAGGAUAGGAACAUGCCCAUCUCUUUUGACAUAGCACACUUCCCCAAUAUAUCAAGCUAAGCUAUCAGCUGGACUGAUUGGAAAUAUACAGAAUUUGUCUUGUGCACUUAAGGUCCUGUGUGUAUAACAAAUGUAAUUCAGUUUUGUAUUUUUUAUGACCUCUGGAAGCAAAUAAGUUCUUAACUUAUUUCAUACAAAGUCAACAUUUUAAUCAUUGUAAUGAUAGGGAUAUACUUCGUCAGGAUGUUUUGCACAAUAUGCUCUAAAACUUGGAAACUUUGUAGAGUUUUUGUUUCUUAUUUUGUACAGAUGCUUUUUCAAAUGAAGAUCAUUUCAUGCACUGGACACCAGUGCUUUAUGCAACGUGAUUUCAGCCCUGUAAUAAGGCUGCAAACCUUAAAUGCAAACCUUAACCUUAAAUGCAGCGUUUAUGUGUUUCACGGGCCUUGUCCCAGCCCCUGCAAAGGUGGAUUUCACCCUGUGCGUUUUUGCCCAAAAUA